UCUCAACAUAGACUUUUCCAUUAUUAUUAUCAUCAUCUCUUCUGUUUCUAGUUUGUUUUAUCUUUUCCCUCUUUGUUAUCUCGUCUCUUCUCCAUUCUUCGGAUCCAAUUCCUACCCGACCGCCCCUAGUCCUUCUCCUCAUUAACUGGGCUCCUUGGGCUGCUACUGCGACUGUGACAGACAGCUGGAGCGCUGCAACUCAACUGGACUGGACUGCUCACGCGUCGUCUCCGUCUCGUCUCGUCAAAUCCGCCACCCCAAGACCGUCCAUCGGACUCACCGACAUCGAUCCUCCAAUUCAAACUCUCUUCUUUCACCUGCAAAAAUCAUCUCGAAAUUGUCCAAGCUUCUCGGAGAAUCACAAACUGUAACACCCUAUGUGAUCCUCUCUCUCUCUCUACGCUUAUCAAUUCCCAACAAAAAAUCACCCACCCACCCCGGCUCAGGUCGAUGAGCAUGUCCCAUGGCCUUUUGGGUGGUUGACGGGGGUCGUCCGCUUGGUGUUACCGCUACUGUUGCCGCUACCGCCACUGCUACUGGCCGGGGUCCCUACUAUGUGGGUGGUAAAAGGCGAGUGAGCGUCUCCGAAGGCGGCGAUGGCUUCACUUUUGAUACCAAAAGGACCAGGUUCGCUGAUGAGCUUCCCUACGACGCCUACGACCAUACACCCAUCUCUGUCUCUGCAGCUGCAGCUGCAGCUACACCAAGUGGUUAUGCUUCGUCAGAUCAUGCAUUACCUUAUUACCCACAACCACAACCGGCAUUCCAUUCUGGAGUUCACAUCAUCAACAAAGCAUAUCCACACAAUCACCCUUUUGAUCAUGAGGACGAAUUCUUCUACAACCAAGACAUUGAGCACUAUCCUCCAUUGAUCCAUCGACCUGACUCAGCUCCCGUCAAGAACCUCUCGUUUCUCGUCAUUCGCGAACGAUCACCAACUCCAGAAGGACCCGAUUUCCCCUCUAUCGAUGCCGCCUUCGGUCCAGCUCCCGAAUCCCGGCCGGGACAUGUAUUCGGCCCUUCCGGUCCAGCUCCGGCACCAACUCCGGCGCCCGCUCCCGUCGCCGACGCAUGCGCUAUGGAGCGCACAGCAUCUUGUCUCUCCAUCUCCUCUGAUACUACUCAACCAUCACUCGCCAGUCUAUCACCCGCCGCCGACGAAAACGACCCAGGAUUGUUGAGUGACCUCGCUGCCGCACGUCUAGUCCGUGAUCACGUUGCCAACUUUGGUUCCAGUCGUCGAAGGCAUCGCACCACCGACUCACGCCACGGCCGUAUUCUAAGAGCGCUCAUCAACCCAAAGUCUCGCGCAGCAGAAUUCUCCUUGGACAACGACGCAUUGCGCAGCAUCUUCUCUGCCGCAAAUGAACUUUUCUUCUGCAACCGCCUUGCUGGCCGAGUCGCAUGGGACUGGAGUCACCCUGCAAGCGCGCAGUAUCAGGCGCACAUUGUUGGCACCACAGCGGUACGACGUUCCCGUGAUGGAGGUUACGAGACACUCAUUGUACUUUCGUCACCUAUUCUCCAGGAUACAAAGUACAACCGGCGACUUCUCAUCUCGACAUUCUUACACGAGAUGAUCCACAGCUAUCUCUUUGUGGUAUGUGGUCUCAAAGCCCGCCACGAGGGCGGUCAUACCGAGGGUUUUCGCCAGAUUGCAGAUACCAUCGACCGCUGGGUUGGACAUAGCUACCUGCGACUCAGUGAGAUGGACGCCGAUCUGGAACAUUUCCGCGAACAUCCCUCCUGCGUGCGUGAUCAACACCAGGUGCGUAGUCGAAGUGCAGACGAGCACCACAGGGUACCGUGGCGCAGUGAGAGAUGGGAAGAUGGAGAGCGGGAUGCUCACUAUCCAACCGAGCUUCAUCCACGACCGCAUCCCAGUCUUCAUGACUGGGAGCGACAUGGGCGAGAGGGGUACAGAACCCCUGAUGUCCGGAGAGGAAUCUCACCAUACGUUUACUAAGCGUGGAAGUGACCCUCGAAGGUCGCCCACGUAUUGUUCGUUUAGCUGAUCAGGCAUGCGGCUCAAAACGACCGCAAUGCUGAUAUUGUAUGUCAUGAUGAUCAUGACUAUCCAUUUUUCAUCACACAUUACCGCCAUUUUACAUCAAAACUAACCACGGGAGGUUGCUUAUUUCUUUUUAAUCUCAAGAUUCUCUCAUGGGCUUGCUUGGUCUUUACAAUAUGAUUCCCCUUUUUUUCUUUUUCACAGCGCGGCAGUGGGCAUUACAUGGGCGUUGAUAACGGAAGCAUCAUCACGGGCAGGAUAAGGGAACAUCAUAUAACGUCAAGCAGUGAUAUAGGCGCUGCGAGGCUUCUUUUUCGAUUGUGUGGGAAAAGUAUCAAAUUAUUAUAUACCAAUGGCUGGGAUUUUCUUUGUGCAGGAUGGGACAUCAAUACAUCAUGGUGGCGAAGAUUGAAAAGGUGGCAUCAUGAUGAAAGAUUUAUAUAAACUACAAUUUGGUAGCAAUAUCAAGAAAGAUUCAACGUUUUUAUUAUCACUACUUCCGGGAUGUUAUGGGCCUC